AGAUUCUCGUGGACCAAGGUUGCCGUUAUCCUCUCCUACUUUAUUAAUUCUGCACUUCAUAACAAAACAUGAAAGUUCAUAGAAAAUAAAGAAAAAAGCAGAAAUUGCAGUGAAUUGAUUUUGUGUUGAGGUAUGAAAUGUCUAAUGUCUCGAAUAUUCGUCUUACUUCGUAUAGAAAGAAUAUAGAGGCUAAUACCACGAUCACAGGCAGACAAGGCAAACUGCUACGCUUAGGAAUUUUUAUGGAUUAACUUUUGCCAACACAGACCACUACCACCAACAGCACCAUUCCCUUGGAUUUAAGAUCUUAGCUUCUCAUAAAAUAUGGCGGACAUUGGGAAUUGAACCCCUCCUCUCUGACAAAACUUAUUGCUUCUCGUUAAAGUGAGAGCGUUUCGUUAUUUUUGUUAGAUAAUACAUUUUUCUUAGUAAAAUGAAAAAUUAGUAUUAAUUUGCUUUCUUCAUAUAUGUAUGUAUAUAUAUGUGUGUGUAUAUAUAUAUAGAGAGAGACGCUUAUUAUAAUCACGGAUUAUAUUAUCAAAGGUUAUUGUCAUCAAAAUCAAACUUUUCUAAAUACUUUAUUUAAUGUCAAGUAAAGAGUUAUUCACUUAUUGCUCUAGAGAUUGUUAUCAAAAUUUUCAGUUAAUCUGUUUUCGUUGACAUUUGUCAGAGGCCAAACAAAGUUGUGAUAUUGAUAUUUAUUUAUAUUGUUUCCUAAUUAAAUAAAGUGAGCAUAGGCGACUAUUAAAACAUCAUGAUGAAAGAGGUAAAUAAGAAACGUAAAGAUUUGUCUUUACAAGAAAAACUAAACAUAUUGGGGUGUUAUGAUAAGUUACCCAAAAUGAGCCAGCGCAGUGCUGCUGUUUACUUGAAUAUUUCCCAACCACUUUUGUGUAAGAUUUUAAAAAACAGAUCUAGUAUUGAAAAAUUAGCACUUUCUAAUGAGAACAUAGAUCGUAAGAGAGUACGGUCUGGCAAAGAUAGUCAAAUUGAGUCAGCAUUGAAAAUUUGGUUUGGCAAUGUUCGUGAAAAGAAUACAACAAUUAAUGGCCCGCUAAUGCGCCAAAAGGCAGAAGAGUUUGCAAAAGAAAUGGGUAAAACAAAUUUCACACCAACUGAAGGUUGGUUUAACAGAUGGAAAAGACGAGAGAAUAUUGUAUACAAGCGUGUUCAUGGCGAGGGGAAAAGGGCUAAUGUUUCAUCAGCUGAAAUGUGGAUUAAGACAGAAUGGCCAAAAAUUAUUGCUGAAUAUUCUCCGGAAGAUAUUUACAAUGCAGACGAAACAGGGAUUUAUUUUCGAGCAAUGCCGGAACAUACUUAUUCGUUAAAAAAUGAAAAUGCCAAAGGAUUUAAAUGUUCAAAAGAGCAAGUGACAGUUCUAUGUUGCGCUAAUAUGAAAGGACAGAAACGAGAGCUUGUGGUUAUUGGAAAAAGUAAAAAUCCUGUGUGUUUUAAAGGUGUCAAAAGUUUACCUGUUCGUUACUGUUCAAAUGCUAAUGCUUGGAUGACUACAGAUAUUUUUAACAACUGGUUACUUAUGUGGGAUUUGGAAUUAAAGCGAAAAAUUGUACUGUUAGUUGACAAUUGUUUGGCACAUAGAAAUAAUUUGUCAUUAAAAAACAUCAAAUUAAUUUUAUUACCUUCAGAUACUACAUCAUUAAUUCAACCAUGUGACCAAGGCAUCACACGAGCUUUAAAAGCUUAUUAUCGUAGAGAAAUUUGUAUAAGAAUUUUACCUGAAAUUGAUGAUAGUCAAAGCCAGUCGGAUGUAAAUGCAAUCGCAAAACAGAUUUCCCUUCUUGAUGUAUUGCAUAUGCUAGCAAUGUCAUGGGACCAAGUAUCAGUGAAGACUAUUGAAAACUGUUUCAAAAAAAGUGGAUUUUGUAAAGCAAACACAGAAACCCUUGUUAACAAUGAAUUAGAACUUAUUACAAAUGAAAUUCUUGACAGAAACCCAGAUGACAUGCAAAAAGAAGAGUUUGACUAUUGGUUGGCUAUCGAUGACAAAGUGGAAUUGGAGGCUACAAUGACAGUGUCAGAAAUAUGCCAGGCUGUUACAGAUACAGAUUCUAAAUUAGAAGAGAAUGAGCUAAAUCCAGAAGAAGAAAUUCCAGAGAUUCCAACCAAUGCUCAGAUGCGAGAAGCUCUAAAAAUACUUCGUCGUGGUGUGCAACAUCGAUCAGCAGAAUUUCAAAAGCAGUAUGAGUAUGAGCGGUUUGUUAAUGAACUACUAAAUGUAAACAGUAUGCACAAUCAACAAUGGUGUGUCUGGUAUUACUGAAGUGAUCAUUUCUCACGCAAGUUACAUCAACAGAUCCAUGAAGAAUCCAAAAAAAUUGAAGAACUGAUUUAAUAAUGAAGACAUCACAGUGGUUAUCUAAGUUAAUGAAAGUGAUUUGAAAUAAAUCUCCUGAGUGAUAUUGCAAUGGAAACACUUGAAAAAGCCAUUAUUAUAUAAUGUGUUACAUAUCUGGAUAUAUUUUGAUAAGUGGAGCAAAUGCAGUUAUGUUUGAAUUGAUUAGCUUUAAUUACAAAAUUAAAAUCUGAGGGAAUAAAUUUAUCCCUUAAUAUAUUUGAAAAUAUUUAUUUAUACUUGAGACAUAACUACAAAUAUUUUCAAAUAUUCAUUAUUUGAAGAGAAAAUAGACUGUAUUAUAAUCUGUAAGUUUUGAUCUCAUGAUCUUGUGCUCAAUAGUCUAGCACAUUAAUCGCAGUGUCAUUUGCCUUAUAAAACAUUAUAUUUGUGUUCUAUGAACAACAAAUCACAUUAUGGAGGAGAGGCUGCACGAGAAUCAGGUUUAUAAGGAAACACAAAGGGAAAAUAAUGAAAUUUCCUUACCAAACUGAGGAAGACGAAGAGAAGAAAUUAUAUGUCUGUGAUAUCAAGGGAAAGACAUUUAGAAAAUGUAAGGACAUCAAUGAACUCAAAUCACUUCACACAAGUUCAAAUAUUUACUUUUGUAAAGUUUGCUCUAAAGAUUUCAUUAUAAAUGGUUCUUUGUCAGUGCACAAAUACACUUACAUAACUAAGAAACCACAGCACUAUUAACUGCAGUAAGGCAUACUCUUGGAGUGAUUAUUUGACAAGUCACAAACAUAUUCACACAGGUAAGAAAGCAUACUGUUGUAUUUGUGGUUAAACAUUUUCCUCAAUGUUUACUCAAGUGAGAAAUCUUGUCUGUGCUAUGUGGUAAAACAUUCUUUCUUAAUUGUGAAUGUUCAUGGGUGUAAGUCAUACAGAUGUGAAAUUAUACCACUGUUCUUUAUAAAAAAAAAAAACUCUGGUUAAGAUCACUUGACAAGUCACAACAUACACAUACAGAUGAGAAACAGUAUCACUGAUAUCUGGUAUAAAAUUCUCUCAAUAAUACCUGACUGAUUGCAAAUGUACUCGUGCAAGGGAGAAACCAUACUAUUGUAAUGUCUAUUAUAAAAUAUUCAUUUGUAGCAGUGAAUUGAUUAUUCACAAACAUAAUCACACAGCUGAGAAACCAUGUCACUAUGAUAUAUGUGGAAAAAAUAUUCCUUCAGAAAUCUUAACUCCCCAUAUAAAUAUUGAUACAGACAAGAAAAUGUACCUUUGUGAUAUCUUUUAGAUAUUCUGGUCUAACUCCUCAUACAUGUGAGAAACCUUACCACUGUGAUGUCUAUAGAGAAAAUUUUUAGACAUAUCUAUAGUCUCACUCAUUUAUGUUAGGAACUGAACCAUUGUGAUGUUCAUGGUAAAACAUUCUCUUAUAUUAGAAAUAUAAACUAGUCACAAACAAAUCUCCUCAGAUAAGAAAUCAUAGCCUUGAAUUCUGUAGUCAAACAUUCUUUAAGAAUGCUUACCCAACUCAUAUACAGAUUAGUACGUUAAAUAAACCAAACCAUUGUGCUGUCUUUUAUAAAACAUUAUCUCAAAAUACUGAUUUAAUUGGUCACAAUUUACUCAAGAAACUGAAAACUGUUAUUACAAUAAUAAAUCAAGCUACAGUAGGAUGGUCAUGGUGAGAGUUCACUGGAGCUUUUGGCUUACUUCAAGAAAUGGAUGAAUGUUGUAUUUAUAGAGUUUCAUUGUGAAAUAUUACCAUUUUGUUUCAGAAUCGUUUCCCAUAUUUAUGAUUUUUAUAUAAAAAUUUUUAUUUACACCUUUAA